CAUCAAACGGUCCCUGUACGGCAACCGUAGCUCAUACACCUACGAUCCACCUUUUAUCGGCUUCGUUCGCGUUCUGCCCGGCCAGUAGAGCCUGCACCUGACCGUCCUUCCGCGCAGUAGGAGGCGCAACCGUUUUACCUCCCUUCCCAGCUAUCAGAACGUACCCUCGUCGAGAGAGGAAACCGCAGCUGCGACUCAAGCCACCACCUUCCACAGCGGAACCUCGUGGAAUCACCAACGGUUGACGCAAAACGCGGCUGCAGUCGGUGCCCGGCUCGUGUCCGCUGCGCGGGGAAACGCUGCCGCUCGGCCACGUGAACGGAUCUAUAGAGGAUCGCGACAUGAGGAUCACAAUACUAUUGGCGUUCGUCUUCGCCAUCCUGGCAGUGACCUCCGCCCAGGACUACAGCCAGUUAUUCGCAGGAUUCGGCCCGUACCUCAGGCAAUCCGCAGGGAUGCGAGAUCCCCGGUCGAACAGGGGUCCAGUGCUGUUCCCGCCAGGCCCACCUCCGAACAACGCUGACUCGAGCGGAGUGAUCGUGGGCGCGAGCGGAUUCGGAUUCGUGCCACCCAACCAAGGAUUUUACAGUUUCUUCUAUUAUUAACUGGAAAUCUGAAGGGCUAUGUGAAAACGGAGCAACUCGAGUGUCACAUCCGCUGCGUCUUUGACUAGGAAAGAGUUCCAAAGACAAUUGCGCACCUUUAAUCCAUUUAGUGCGAUGGGAGUGCCAAUAUGGCGCGCGAAGGCACUCUUGACAGUAUUUAUCUAGACAAUUAAGCUAAUAUAUGUCUAAUAUACAAUUACAAAUACCGAUAAGAAAUAAAUUUAAUCACCUCGAUCGACGGAAUUAACAAAACAACCUAUUGGCAACGAAACAUUUAAGUUUCGUAACAAUCCUCGUACACUAUAAUUGCAUUAAUAUCCAUAAUCAAUUUACAACUCUCCCGAAAGUUAAUAAAUCAAUUACUCGGAACGAUUAAAUUUCCUUUGAACUUUUUCUUUUUAAUUUCUGAAGAAAAUAUUAUUAAUAAAACAUAUACUUUCCUCUCGUUAUAAUAAUGUUUAAUUCGCGCGAUCGAGGUUUAUCGAGAAUCGUUUAUCGUUUACGAAAUAUCUGAUCGAUCGAUCGCGAGAAAGCCCACGGUCGAGGAUUUCUUGCGAGCCGCUAAAAUUUUACGGCGAGCGUCGCGCCGAGUCGGUUGCGCUUGAAAUCACAACCGGUGAUCCAAGAUUGUUUACCGGUGCUCCGAGUGUGUAGUUAAAAUGUGUAUAUACGCGUAACCGGUCCGUUGAUCCCGAUCGAGACGAAAGGAACGAUAUCUACGGGGGUCCGACACAUUUCCGUAAUUCGAUCUCGCGAUUUCCCAAGCGUGAUCCGCGUUUCACGCAUGCUUAGCUAGCGCUGUCGUAUCGUAUCUCGACCGAUCGUGUUCGUACAUGAUCGGCUUCGUCACGAGUGCACUUGAAAAUCGAUGACGCUGAUGGAUCGAUGGAGUUAUGGCUGAAAUUCGCGAAAUUUUGUCGAUCAUUCUUCCCGUUGAUCGAUCGCGGACUGGUAAUUAUUAAUUAUUGUGUAUAUUAUGUGUUCGUAAUUGUACAUAAUA